CCUUAUUUUGGCCCGAACUAUGACCAUAUAAUCAACUUCGGCACGUGGUUUCAGAUAUUAACAUCAUGGCCUCAACUAUGCAGCAUAUAGACUCAAUUGGCCCGACACAUGGUUUGACGGGAUUUUUUCAGAAAUAGCACCUUUUAAAAAAAUUACAAAAAUAGCACCCAUCCGUAAAAACAUACACUAAUAGCACCCUUUUUAAUGGACUGCACCUUAGAGGUGCGUUUUAUAUUUAAACUGCACCCUAAGGGUGCGUUUUAUACAUAAACCGCACCUCUAAGGUGCGUUCCCUAUUUCUGGACCAAAACCGCAUCUUGGCCAAGCGGUUUUAGGUCUGACCUACAGAAACCGCUUGGCCGAGGUACGGUUUUGGCUUGACCUAUUAAAACCGCAUCAUGAAGGUGCGGUUUGUUUCUCCCAAACAAAACCGCACCCUCAUGGUGCGAUUCUGCCAUACAAACCGCACCUUGGAGGUGCGGUUUUGGUCAAUCAAUUUCCGACAUACCAUGCAGACGUAACAGACGUGGGUCUGCAUGGGCCUGCAUGGCAGACGAAAACCGCACCUCUAAGGUGCAGUUUUCAUCAGUGAUUUUGCCUAUAAAAGGCCUCCCGGACAACCACUUCUCUUCACACCUCUCCUUCUCCCUUUUCAAUUUUCUGUUGUAGCUCUAUAUUUCUUUAAUAGUUUUGCGAUUAACGUUAACUCGUAAGUUUGUUUAGUAUUACUUUUUAUUGUUAUUUUUUAUUUUUUAUUUUUAUGAUAUUAACUGAACUACGGUUUUAUCGCAGAUGGCAUUCCAAAAGUUCACGCUUGGCUUACGGUGGACUGGUUACACGGAAGAGACCGGAAAGGGGGUCAUCUACGUAGGUGGCAAUUUUCAGAAGAUAAAGGUCGCUACCAGACCGCUGCUUGAAGACCUCCAUCAAAUGUGCACUAACGUUACUUGCAUGGAUGGCACGAGAAGAGUUGAUCGUAUGGUGUACCGAUAUCCAAACAGGGAAAGUGGGUCAUUGUGGCAUGAGAAAUAUCUCAUAACCACUCAGGAUGAUGUAGAUGCCAUGCUCGAAUUCAUGAGGUCCAACAAUCUUUCCAAAGCCGAUAUAUUCGUUUACACCGAGCCGGUCGUAGGCGUUGGAGGUCAUUCUGGACACGGUCAAACAUCUGGUAUCCGUUGGUAUACAUCGGGUAUGGAUCGAAGACGAUCUACAAGAAAGAAAUGAAUAACUUAAGAUAGUAAGAAUUGGAAAAAUACAUGUAGUCCAUGGAAAAAAUAUAUAAAUGGAUCGAAGUAUAGAAGUUACCUCUCCUUCCCAAAGUCGCUCAAACCUCCUCCGAUACUCGUCCAACUUGUGUUGGGCAAGGUUGUCGCAAGUUGUGUGUCCGAGCCACCUUAUUAAUAAGACAAUAAUGAAACUACAAUAAGCUAAAACACAAGGGAAAAUGUGUUAUGAAAAAACAUGAUGGGGUAUGAGAAGUUUACCUUGUACCAUAAGCUUCCCCUCUUAGGGGAUGAUCGAUUGGCCAAUCCCUAUCGGGACGUUGUACCGGUGCAAUCCAUGGCAUAUGCUCCCAAGCCCAAAAUUGGACGAUGAACAUUGCGCAGCCGACCUCUCUCACAGCUUUUAGAGAGGCAUUGCACAAGUUGUGGUAGAUAUUAGCUAGGCAAGCGGAUGCCCAACUAUACCCCCCCCCCCCCCCCCCCCCCCCCCCCCCCCAUCUCCUCCCAACUACCGAGGAUGAUCCUAAACCAUCCACAACUAAGGAGAUUGCUUGAUUUUUUGGAGAAGAACACUCCUCCGAUCAUGCCAAUAAGAUAGACCCUAGCAUAUCUCUCCUUCUCAUCCUCCGGACUUUCCUCGCUUAGGGGAUGACUCUCGUAAUGGUCUCUAAAAUACUUCGUCAACCAAGUAAUUGAGACUUGGUGUUUCCUCAUUGGUGGCAUGCGAUCGGUCGCAUCAACGCAACCAUUCACUGGUACUUUCACUCCCAAAACACUGUAGAUGAAAUGAACCCAACCGGGCAUACCGUCACAAUCCUCGGGGGGAUGAUCACUCACGCACACCGGUUUGCCGUCGAUGGGCAGAUGGGUUAGGAUGGCGACAUCCUUUAGCGUGAUGGUGGCCUCUCCUUCUCUAAAGUUGAAACAAUGGGUCUCCUUUCUCCAUCUCUCAACUAAUGCGGUGAUGAGUUGGCGAUCAACUUUGAUGCCGUUAAAAUGCCUAAUCGGGUCCAACCGUGCCCUUUUGAGAAAGGGGCAAGAUAUCUGGGUGGAAUGGGAGCACAUUGGUCGUACCCCUGUAGCGGAUUAUUGUUUGUGCCUCCUAGAGAAAAUUUACACGUUAAUUAUUAUAUAUUAGUAAGGGUUUAUUCCUUAUAACUAAAUUAAUUAAAUUAAAUUAUUUAACUUCAAGCAGAAUUUCAUUAUCAUAAAAAGAUAUUUCAUAUAAUUAACAUAAUAACAUUCUAAAUUAAUAAUAAUUUAAAGAGAUGCAUACAUAUUAUCAUAAAACAAACAUCCUAAAUUAAUUAACAUAAUAACAUUCUAAAUGAAUAAUAAUUUAAAGAGAUACAUACAUAUUAUCGUAAAACAAACGUACUAAAUUAACUAAAAUAAAUGACAUUGUUAAUGAAUAAUAAUUUAAAGA